AUGUGGCUGCCUGUAGGACUCAGUGACCCUCCUGUCUUGACCCUCACACCCCAGCGCUGGGGUGAGAAGCACAAGUGGCCAGGCCUGACUGACAUCCAGGCUACUAAGCUCCUCCUCCACAAGCCUCAGGCAAGAACAACCACUCACUUCCUGCCGCCUCUGGUGCAUUAUCUGUGGGUGCACGGGGUUAUGUUGUGUUCCUGUACAUAUGUGUGCAGGGGCACCUGCAUGUGUGUGCAAGUGGAGGCCAAAGAUAACAAUGAUCUUCAGAUCCUAAAGGAGAAGGAAAGGGCAGACUUCAUCCUACUUAACUUCUCCUUUAAAGAUAACUUCCCCUUUGACCCACCGUUCAUCAGGGUUGUGUCUCCAGUCCUCUCUGGAGGGUAUGUUCUAGGCGGAGGUGCCAUCUGCAUGGAAUUAUUCACCAAGCAGGGCUGGAGCAGUGCCUACUCCAUAGAGUCCGUGAUCAUGCAGAUCAGCGCCACGCUGGUGAAGGGGAAGGCACGGGUGCAGUUUGGAGCCAACAAAUCCCAGUACAGUCUGACAAGAGCACAGCAGUCCUACAAGUCUUUGGUGCAGAUCCAUGAAAAAAACGGCUGGUACACACCCCCGAAGGAAGAUGGCUAACCCUGGAGUGUCCCCCCUCCUCCCCAGGCACCACUGGACCAAUUACCUUUGAAUGCUGUAUUUGGGUCUCACGCUGCCUCUGGUUCCCACCCUCAUUUUUCCUGGACGUGAUAGCUCUGCCUAUUGCAGGACAAUGAUGGCUAUUCUAAACACUAAGGAAAAACAACAAACAACACACACUGAACUGUCUCCAGUACUCAAGACUGACUACAGACCAAGCACCUUGCUGGAACCCUUGCUAGCAGGCAUUCUUAUAAAGAAACUCAAGCCUCCUUAUAUUGCUGGAAACGCAGCUCUGCUCCAGACUAGAGCCUCCUUACCUAUGCUAUAGGUUUUUAAUUUAUUUUCUCUUAUUUCAUGUACACUGCUUUUUUUGGUUACAGUGUAGGAUGGAUGUGUAUGAAAAAAAAUGUAUCUUUGGGAAAACAAUUACAGUU